AUGGAGGAACUGUACGACGUUAUUAUUGUAGGCGCCGGGCCGAUCGGGCUCUUUCUCGCAUGUGAGCUCCGGCUGGCUGGCGCUUCCGUCCUGGUCCUGGAACGGGAUGCCAAGCCGGACGCUCCGUGGAAAGUGGACACACUCGGUCGUCGAGGCUUAAACUCAGUCUCGCUAGAGGCUUUCCAUCGCCGCGGUCUUCUUGACCCCCUGGUGCAACUAAGUGAAGCCUCCGUCCACCUUGAGAAGACACCCUGGCUGUCUGGCAAGCUGUCCCACGUCAAUGAACAGCCUACAGCCAGCGAGAAGCCGCCACCCGGCCCUCGUAUUGCGGGCCACUUCGCUGGUAUACUACUGAGCCUCGACAAGUUCGACUUGAAGCAGUUCAAGUAUCUUUUGACCGAGCGCGCCGAGAGCCUGGGCACCACGAUCCUCAGGGGUCAUGGUUUCAGAAGAAUCGUAGCUCAGGACGACACUGGUAUCACUGUCGAAGCCGGAGAGAACAGUGUGUCCUUCCGCGGCAGAUGGCUCGUGGCAUGCGACGGCGGACGCAGCACGGUGCGCAAGGCCGCUGGGUUCGACUUUGUUGGAACGGGGCCGAAGUUCGCCGGCUAUGUCGUUGACUGCGAGUGGACAAAGCACGAGAAGUUCACGCCGGGAUUCCACUACUGCGAUGGCGGCGCGUACAGCGUGGCACCGAAUACACUAUAUAUUACCGACUUCGAGGAUGGAGGCGCCUUCGACCGCACGCAGCAGGUCACGCAGGAGCAUGUCCAGAGCAUACUCGACCGCAUGACGGGGAGUCCUGACGCAAAGAUCACAUCGUGGAGGCAUGCAACUACCUUCACCGACCAAGCCAUGCAGGUGACGAGCUACCGCCAAGGCCGGGUCUUCAUCGCCGGCGACGCCGCGCACAUCCACUCGCCUCUCGGGGCUCAGGGGCUAAAUCUCGGAAUCGGCGACGCUAUCAACCUGGGCUGGAAGCUGGCCUCCUCCGUGCGUCAGGAAGCCAAGGGGCUCCCCGCCGAUUUGGCGUUACUGGACACGUACGGGAGCGAGCGCCAUCCGCUCGGCGCCUGGGUGCUUGACUGGGGACGCGCGCAGACACUGACCCUCCAGCCCGAUCCGGCCGGCGCAGCGCUCCGGGGGGUCCUGCGCAAUCUCAUCAGGACCACUGACGGAACCACCGAGCUCAUUGGCCACUACUGGGGUUUGUCGCAUCGGUGCAAGCUCGGCGACGGCAAGGCUCAUGCUCACCCGCUUGUCGGGAUGAGUGCGCCGGACUUUGAGUUCACGGAUGGCUCGAGGUUAGGCCCAAAGCUGCAAUCGGGUCGGGGACUGCUGGUGGACUUUGGAGAUGAAGCCGGCCUGAAAGAGUUGAUUGCCGGGCAUGAGUCUCGGAUUGAUUAUAUCGGCAUGGCUGCAAAGAACCAAUGCGGGCUCCGGGCCCUGCUGCUUCGGCCGGACGGUGUUGUUGCUUGGGUAGCCGAAGAGAAAGGGGAAUCUGAUAUGGAUGCGGCGAUUGCCGCUAUAAAACAGUGGUUUCGGUCUUGA